AGCAAAAAAAUGUAGUAGCUAGCGCAAAACUCACAGUGUCGUCCCUUUGAAUCUGGAUUUUCUUGAAGACGGAGUCAGCCAUGGAACGGACUUGAAAGCGAGAAAAAGCGGAGGUCCGUGAGAGAGAGAAGGCUGUGCGCUUGGGGAAGAGUAUCGAAGCCGAUGAUGUGAAAAUGGAAGCCAACAUUCUUCACUCCCAUUACACCGUAGGGAUCAUAAUAUAGCUGGUUCUAGCAAAAUCAACACGGCGCCGUUUCAUUCGUUUCACCUUCAAAACGCGGUCGUUGUAGCUAACUUGGGAUUGACAAGAUUAGACCCGGUGUCAUUGGAAACCACCGACCCUUGACGUGGAUGUUAUGCCACACUCGCCGGAAUUCCUACUCCAACUCCUCCAACGCUUUCCCAGACUUCCAAACCAAAUCAAACAAAUCCAUUCACUGUUAAUCUCCGAAGGACACCUUCUCUAUAGCCCAAACGCUGCCUAUACAAGUUUGAAAUGGAUGAGCACCCUCCUCUACAACGCUUUGACAAGAGCGUAUCUCGGUCUUGGACAAGCCCACAAGACGCUUGUACUCUUCACCCACAUGCUUGCCCACCAAGCCCCUCCAAACAGCCACACCUUCCCUUCGAUCAUCAAAGCCGCAGCCUCUUCUUCGGCGUCUUUGGGGAAACCCAUUCACACCCAAGUCAUUAAACGUGGUGUCCUACAUGACCCGUUUGUUCAAACGUCGUUUGUGGGGUUGUACGCGCAACUUGGUGAAAUAUUCGAUGCACGUAAGGUGUUUGAGGAAAUGUCGCAACCUUGUGUUGUUGCGUGCAAUGCGAUGCUUGAUGCAUUUGGCAAGAAUGGGGAUAUGGGUUCUGCUCUUUUCCUUUUUGAACGCAUGCCUGAGAGAGAUGUGGUUUCUUGGACGAGUGUUAUUAAUGGGUUUGGGAAGAAUGGGUGUUUUAGUGAGGCGGUUAAGUUUUUUGAGAAGAUGAUGGCGCAUGAGGAUGUGAUGGGGUGCUUUGUAAAGCCUAAUGAAGCUACAUACGUUAGUGUGCUCUCUUCGUGUGCUAAUUUAGAUGGGGGAGGAGCUCUUUGUCGUGGAAAGCAAAUUCAUGGAUAUGCUAUUAGGAAUGAGAUUGAAUUUACUGUUUUUACGCGGACUGCAUUGAUAGAUCUUUAUGGUAAGACAGGUUGUUUGAGAAGUGCACUAAAUGUUUUCAACCAAAUGGUGUUUAAGGAGGUUUGCACUUGGAAUGCCAUGAUAACUUCACUGGCUGCCAAUGGGAGAGAGGCGGAGGUUUUGGAUAUGUUUGAGAAGAUGAAGGUGGAAGGGCAGCGUCCUAAUGAGGUCACAUUUGUUGCUGUUCUAACGGCCUGUGCUCGCGGCAAGCUUGUGGAGUUGGGUUUGAAAUUGUUUCAAUCAAUGCUGCAUGAGUUUGGGAUUGCACCCUUAAUGGAACACUAUGGAUGCGUAGUUGAUCUAUUGGGGAGAGCAGGGCUACUUAAGGAAGCAACUGAUUUUAUAAGAAGUAUGCCUUUUGAGCCUGAUAGUUCUGUGUUGGGGGCUCUUUUUGGUGCUUGUAAGAUUCAUGGAGCCAUUGAGCUUGGAAAUGUCGUGGGAGAAAGGCUGCUUGAAUUGCAGCCCCGGCAUUGUGGGCGAUAUGUGGUGUUAUCGAACAUCAAUGCUGGGAUGGAGAGAUGGGAUCAUGCCGCUGAUCUAAGGAAAGCAAUGGUGGUGGCUGGAAUUCAGAAAAUUCCAGCCUAUAGUUUGGUUGACUUCAUGUAAAAAGUUCGUAGUGUAUUGAGGGUUACUCGUAGUGUCUUCAUACUAAUUAACUUGUAAUCAGUUAAUAAUUUCAAGGGGUGUGCUUAAGUGAUAAGGGCAUUGGUCUUUGUAGUACUCUCAUAAGGUUUAAGGUUCAAAUCUCUUUACAUAUAAGCGUUUGCGCAUACACACACGUACAAAUAGA